AUGUCAAUCGAUUCAUCAUCCACCAUACCUUUUAAUCAAGCCGAUAAAUCUCAUUUAUCGACUUCAAGUCAUUCUUCUGGAUCUCAUUCAAAUUCAACGUCAGUAUUUGCAUCCAAUGUUUCUUUAUCAGUGUUUCCUAAACGAGAGUUGGAAUUGAUUCCAUUCAAUUGUCAGCUUGAAUUCAUUGAGAAAACUACUGUUGCAUUAAGUAAACACCAAUCAAAUUCAAAUCAAUUCGGUGCUUAUUCAAGAUACAAUAAUAAUCACAAUAAUAAUAAUAAUAAUAAUAAUACAGGUCAUUACAAUAACAACAAUAACAAUAUCAAUCAUCAUAAUCAUAAUUCUCAUCAUCAACAACAACUGAAUAAGUACGCUUAUGCCGCUGUUGCUGCUGCCGCUGCUGUUCAACAUCAACAACAACAGAAUUAUUUGAUUCAACAACAACAGCAACAGUAUUAUGCCUAUAACCAAAAGCAACAACAGCAACAAAAUCAAAAUCAAAAUCAAAACCACAAUCAACAACAGCAACAGCAACAACAACAACAGUCGCAUCAUCAAUCACAACAACAUCAGCAACAACAAGUACAACAGAAUCAAUAUCAACAACAACAUCAACAACAUCAGCAACAACAUCAACAUCAACAGCCACCAUCAUCCCAACAACAGCAACAAUAUCAACAGCAGUCAAAUCAACAACAAAAUAAUACUUUUCAACAAUUUCAAGAACCGCAACAAGCACAAUACCAACAACAACAACAACAACAGCAGCACAAUCAACAACAACAACAACAACAACUUCAACAACAACAAAAUUCCUAUCAACAAUUUCAACAACCUCGUCAAAGUAUUCCUCAAGUUUUCUCUGGUUCUGAUAACUCUCAAGAUAGUGGAUCAAGUUAUUCUGCAUCUAGUUCUGCCGUCUUUUCAGACACGUAUUCCUUAUUGAAUCAGCAAAAUAAUAUUCUUUCUAAUACUAGUUCAAAUAGGGUUGCACCAUCAUCAUCAGGAGCAUCUACUACUGCUGUACCACCUCAAGGUAUUGAUCUUAAAACUAAUUUCUUAAUGUUUAAUGAUAGUACUACUGCUGUUUCUUCACCAACUUCUCAAUUCAUGUUGCAACAGAAUUCUUCUCAACAACAACAAACUCCAACUAAAGUUAUGCCACCUCAAAUUCAUACUAAAUUAUUUGAUCAAAUCAGUAAUAAUUCAACUAAUAAUUCGCCUAUUUUAUUACCACCAACAAGUUCAAACUCGAAUAAGAAUUCUCCACCUAAUUUAUUUUUAUCUUCAACUCCAACUACAACCAAUACUACUCCUAUGAAAUUAAGUCAAUCAAGUGCUAGUUCAUCUACUACUAAUAAUAGUACUUCUGCCAAUGGUUUUCUUAAUUCGCCAUCUUUAUUACCUACUGUUUUAGCUAGCAAUUCGACGGUUACAGGAAUCAAUUGGGGUACUUCAAAUGUUAACUCCAGUACUACUCCUACUGCUUCUUCCACUAUAACCACCGCUAAUUCAACUGGUGGUUCUAUUUGGGGAAGUAAUCCAAUCGCCUCUACUAAGUCUGGCAACCCAUUAGGUUCUGUUGUUGCUACUGCUGGUUCCACUCUUAAUAAGAAUAUCAUUGGAUUUGGUAAUUCCAGUGUAUGGUGA